GUGAGCUUCCCGACAAAUAUCAGUCGCAUGCAAGGCACGUUGCUAAGCGCAUCGCUAGUUUGGUGCAAUAAAAAUAACGUACAAUAAUAAUAAGUGUCUUAUUGUAACAAUGUCCCUCGGAUUAAUGGAAUGGCUUGUCACAGUCAGUGCGGUUAUAAUCGCCCUCUAUUACUAUUUCGUGUCGAACUAUAAUUUUUGGAAGUCCCGAGGAGUCCCAGGACCGACUCCCAUUCCCAUCUUUGGAAAUAUGAAGCCCAUGUUCAAUGGAAAAGUCGCCUGGCAAAAUUUUCUUAUCAAUUUGUACGAGAAUUACAAAGAGGAGGCGAUGAUUGGAAUUUAUAUGAGAAAGGAACCGGUUCUCUUGAUUCAAGACCUUGAUAUUAUCAAGACGAUUCUUAUAAAGGACUUCAGCAACUUUGCGGAUCGAAUGGAGCAAAGGGAUGUUCACAAUCCAUUGUCCAAUCAUCUGUUCAUGCUCGAGGCGAAGAUGUGGAGACCUCUGCGGACGAAAUUAUCACCUGUGUUUACGUCUGGAAAAAUCCGUGACAUGUUUUAUCUUCUUAAUGAAUGCGCCACUCACUUGGAAAAUUAUCUGAAUGAAGUUGAUGGCGAUUGCAUUGACAUGCGCGACGUUGCAGCCAAGUUCACCACCGACGCCAUUGGUCUUUGUGCCUUUGGCGUCGAGGCGAAUGCCCUCGGAAAGGAGGACAGCGUCUUCCGGCAGAUGGGAAAGCGAAUUUUCAGUCAGAAUUGGAAAGUGAUUUUGAAAUUCCGAAUGAUGCGAUUCUGUCCGCCCUUGCACAGGCUCCUUGGUGGUCUCCUGGAGGACUAUGUUCUCCAGGACUUCUUCAUCAACCUCACGCGGGACACAGUGGACUACAGGAAGAAGAUGAACAUCACGAGACACGACUUCAUCGAUCUCCUGAGGUCUCUGAGGGACGAACCCAGUCAGAUUGAUGACAUUGAACUGACGGACUCUCUGAUGGCUGCCCAGCUCUUCGUCUUCUUCGUCGCAGGAUUCGAAACGUCCUCGUCCGCCAUCAGCAAUUGCCUGUUUGAACUCGCGAUGAAUCAUGAAAUUCAGAACAAACUUCGCAGCGAAAUUAGGAGGGAAUUUGGUGAGUCGGGGGAGAUCACCUACGACAAGAUCAAGAGGAUGGAGUACCUCGAUAUGGCCGUCAAUGAGACUCUCAGGAAGUAUCCACCUCUGUCGAUGCUGAUGAGAAUGGGAGAGCAGGCGUACAAAAUACCAGGAACUGAUGUAUCACUUCCUGCUAGAGCUAAAAUCAUGAUUCCUAUUUGUGCCAUUCAAAAAGAUUCCCGGUAUUUCCCGGAGCCCGAGGUCUUCAACCCGGAGAAUUUCAGCGAAGAGGCGGUCAAAGGCCGACAUCCCAUGACGUUUCUGGCAUUCGGUGAUGGCCCCAGAAAUUGCAUUGGAGCCCGAUUUGGCCGCAUUCAGACCAAGAUCGGCCUCGUCAAGAUUAUCCAAAAGUUUGUGGUCGACGUGUGUGAAAAGACUGACAAAAAUUAUGAACUAAACAACAGAUCAUUUCUGUUGACUCCGAAGAAUGGUAUCGUCAUCAGAGUAACCAAAUGUUCUUGGAGAUUGCUCCUGUUUUUUUCUCCUCUUCCUUCUCCACUUCCUGUUCUAUUCACUAAUGAAAAAAUACGCUGUCGCUGCUCACCCGAUAUGAGCCAGCUGAUGGGUUUUGACGUUCAAACGCAGUUGAUACUCGAGCCUCGAAACGAAUACAUCGUACAUCGCAGGAAAAUUAGAGUGAACGUGAUACAAAUAGUCAAGAACGACGAGACAUUGAAUCGGAUCCAUCCAUUAUCCAAUUCCAAAUUCUGUCUAGCCAAUUUAGUGAGAUCACUCGACAACCUCUUGCCACACAUCUGCAAAAUGGCGGUGGUCCUGGAGGUUCUCGUCGUCAUAACGACCGCACUAAUGGCGUUAUAUUAUUACCUGACGAACACCUUCGACUUCUGGAAGUCCCGGGGAAUCCCCGGGCCGAAACCGAUUGCGAUAUUCGGAACAAUGAAGGAGUCGUUCCUCGCUCGAAUGAAUAUAGCCACUUACCUAACCUCAAUCUACCGAAAUUACCCAGGUGAACCCCUAAUCGGCCUCUACCAAUCGCGCAAACCAGUGCUCAUGGUGAAUGACCUUGAUUUGAUAAAAGAUAUCAUGAUAAAGGACUUCAGCAAAUUCGCAGAUCGAGGUACCUCAGAGGACAAGUUUGAUCCACUUUCCGCGAAUUUGGUGAGUCUCGCUGCGGAAAAGUGGCGGCCAUUGAGGGGGAAAUUGUCACCGGUGUUCACUUCCGGAAAGUUGAAGGACAUGUUCCAUCUUCUUGUCCAGUGUUCGGACGAGUUCGAGAGGUAUCUUGAGGGGAUUAAUUAUGAAUCAGUGGAUAUUAGGGACAUCUGCGCAAAGUACACGACUGAUAUCAUCGGUGUUUGUGCUUUUGGACUUCAAGCGAACUCCAUGAGAGAGGGGGACAGCAUCUUCAGGGUCAUGGGAACGAGAAUUUUCAAUCCCACUCCUAAACAGGUGUUGAAGGGAAUCCUGGUGUUCAAUUUUCCCGCGGUUUAUAAUAUUGUGGGACGGUACCUCCAGGAUUAUGAGCUCAUUAAUUUUUUUCUCAAUUUGACGAAGGAUACGAUGGACUAUAGAAGAAAAAAUCAUGUGGUGAGACAUGAUUUUGUUGACUUGCUGAUGAAAAUCAAGGAUGAUAGAACAGUUGAGGAUAUUGAAAUUACCGACGAAUUAUUAGCUGCACAACUGUUUAUAUUCUUUGGAGGUGGUUUUGAAACAUCGGCGGGAGCUAUAAGCAACACACUCUUCGAGUUGGCGUUGAAUCCUUCGGUUCAGGAGAAAUUGCGGAAAGAAAUUCACGAGACAUUGGAAAAAAAUGACGGACGGAUGAGUUAUCAGAAUAUCAAGAGUAUGGAAUACCUCGAUAGCGUUAUCAAAGAAACUCUAAGGAAAUAUCCACCUAUUCCCCUCUUAUCCAGGGUAUCAAUGACCUCCUACACAUUUCCUGGUUUCAAUUUGACGAUUCCGAAGGGGACAAUGAUCAUGGUACCCACGUACGCGAUUCACAGGGAUCCUCAAUACUUCGCCAAUCCUGAGAAAUUUUAUCCUGAACGAUUCGGAAAGGACAGCACUGAGAAUCAUCCUGAUAUGUGUUAUCUGCCGUUCGGUGAUGGGCCCAGGAAUUGCAUUGGCUCGAGAUUUGCAUUGGUACAAGUCAAGGCUGGACUCAUCACUGUAUUAAAAUCGUACGCAGUUGAAGUAUGUGAUAAAACUGAUAAGAACUAUGAGAUCAAUGAGAAAGCCUUUCUCCUAGCGCCGAAAAACGGAGUUUUCCUCAAUAUGAAAAAAUUGAAGAAAUAGGACUACUUUUCAUAUUCUAAUAGGGAUGAUAAUUUAUUUAGGAAAUAACAAACAAAACAAUAAAA